AUGGAGCAGAUUCCUCCUCUUGCCAUUUUUCUACAAGAAAACAGAUCAGAUUUUCCAGUGGUGCUCUCUGAAUGCCUCAUACCCGUCAUGGUGAGGUACCUCACAGAUACAGACAAUCAGAUAAUCUGCAAGCUGUCGUCAGUGCUGAGCAAGAGCAUAGUUGAACGCCUGCUGUUCCCUCGAUUCUGUGAGCUGUGUGGCUACGGGAAGCUCUUUCAAGUUCGGAAGGUUCUCCAGGCUGCCUUCAGUCCCUGGGCCCCUUCAUCUCCACCUUUGCCAAUCCCUCCAGGGCUGGCCUUUAUAUUCAGGAAGAUGGUACCUUGA